AUGUCCGAUUCAAUACUAGCUGAAAUUCGAAAAAUACCGUCAGUGACCCGGUUCCUUUCUACGUCGCUGCUGGGCGUGUCAAUACCGUAUCUGCUUGGGAUAAUAUCACCGUAUACCUUGCUUUAUCAUCGAGACUUGGUACCCAGACGUCUUCAGAUAUGGCGCCUCUAUACCAGCUUCUUCAUUGGAAGCUCGGGAAUAAACUUUAUAUUUGAACUGGCAAUGCUCUACCAAACAUCCAACCAGCUCGAGGCAACAUACGAUUCUGCAGACCUCGCCUGGCAAUUAUUCUUUGCUUGUAUAGCGAUCAAUAUUGCAAGCCACCCUCUUGAUGCCACUGUAUUUCUACGUCCUCUCAUGCACUGUCUCACCUACCUCUCCUCAGCGCGCGCACCUCCAGGCUCGCAAUCCUCAUUCUUCGGUCUUCUUACCAUUCCUGUUGUUUAUGUCCCAUACACGAUGCUUGCUGUCGAGUUACUCAUGGGUGGUCCAGCAGCCGCAGCUCGAGCUGUUGUUGGGACCGUUGUAGGCCAUCUGUGGUGGUGGCGUGUUUGGAGCGCUGGUGAUGCGCAAGGCGGGGCGUGGGCUAGGGCACCACGGUGGGUCAGAGAUCUGAUCGGCUCGAGGGCUGUAUCUGGAGGACACGGGAGUGCCAGUGGUGUACAUGUUUAUCCGCCUCGCAGCCGAGGGGGUGCAUCGGGAUCUGGAACUGGUUCAAGCACUGGAACCAGCAGGGGGUACAAUUGGGGGUCAGGACAGCGGCUGGGGAAUAACUGA